CGGUUGCACAUCUUUUGGAGGUGGACCUCGGCACUCAGCAUCUUCAUCCCCCACCCAAAACCUUCAUCUGUUUCGGCACCUUUUGUUUCUCUACUCUCCGUUCCUCCGGUUCGUCGCAUCGGACGUGUGGAGCCCUCAUGGGCAGUGUUCUGGCCUUAGCUGGUGCGGGCCGUCAGAACUGGCCUUUCUCCUCGGACACACCCCCUACCCAGUGGGACACGCCCCUUCCUCACUGGGAUACGCCCCCUCGCUGGGAGAGGAGGGACGGACGCCUCCCCAACCCCGGGAGCUUCCAUGCCCUGCAUCACUCGUGCAAGGAUGUGUUCCCACAGCAGAUUGAAGGAGUAAAGAUGAUGGUCAACAAAACCCUUAGCAGCUUCUUCAAAGCCAGUCAUACCUUCCACCUCAGUGCAGUGAGUCCGUCUCAGUACCGCUUCCAUGUGGAGCACCGUCAGUCUGACAGUCACGGCAAAGAUACGGACUCCCCCGUGCUGAUCGGUGAGAUGGACUCCUCCGGCAGUCUGAAUGCUCAUUCGCUGCUGCAUCUUAGCGAGCGAAUCAGGGCCAAGGCUGUGUUUCAGACCCAGCAGGCUCAGUUCAUGACGUGGCAGUUUGAAACGGAGUACAGAGGAAGUGACUUCACAGCUGCUGUUACCAUGGCGAACCCUGAUGUCCUACGGGAGUCAGUGAUCCUGGUUGCCCACUUCCUCCAGAGUGUGUGUUCAGGACUGGUGUUGGGAGGAGAGCUGGUCUACCACAGAGGAAGACAUGAAGAGGGAGGCAUUCUCACCCUGGCUGGGCAGUACUCAGGACAAUGACCCAACACACCUCCAGGCUGUGUAAGGGCUAUUUGACCAAGAAGGAGAGUGAUGGAGUGCUGCAUCAGAUGACAUGGCCUCCGCAAUCACCCAUCCUCAACCCAAUUGAGAUGGUUUGGGAUGAGUUGGACCGCAGAGUGAAGGAAAAGCAGCCAACUAGUGCUCAGCAUGUGGGAACUCCUUCAAACUGUUGGAAAAGUAUUCCAGGUGAAGCUGGUGAGAGAAUGCCAGAGUGUGCAAGGCUGUCGUCAAGGCAAAUGGUGGCUAUUUUGAAGAAUCUGAAAUAUAAAAUAUAUUUUGAUUUGUUUAACA